CCCCGCCCACUGCUCUUCCUCUGCCCUGCUGGGCAGCGAAGUCAAUAAAAACAGUUGAGGAAGCCCUGAAACACAACAACCAGGAUCAACGAAAUGGACAUGACGCAAAACUUAAAGUGCACAAGCUCACUCUUGUUUCUACUGCUCCACUCUGGUGCUUUUUCUUCUGUGCCCUCCUCUUUGUUUCCCUCCUCCUGUCUGUUACAGGGAAGAUUUCAUCUAAAUGGCAUGCACAAGGCUGGAGAUUUGAUACUCGGCGGGCUGUUUCAGGUCCACUUCUUCUCAGUGUUUCCUGACCAGUCGUUUACCGCCGAACCACAACAACUGAUAUGCCACAGUUUUGAUUUUUUAGGAUUUCGAAAGGCUCAGACCAUGGCCUUUGCCAUUGAUGAGAUCAACAGAGACGAUCGGCUUUUACCCAACGUGACCUUAGGGUACAGUCUCUACGACAGCUGUCUCACUCUCGGAGUUGGAUUUCGUGCAGCAUUGGCAUUAAUCAGCGGUCAAGAGGAGCAUAUUGUGAUGAAUGAGACCUGUGAAGGAGCCCCUCCAGUUGUGGGUCUUGUGGGAGAUUCUUCCUCUACACGCACUAUUGCUAUCUCCACUGUCUUGGGUUUGUACAGAGUGCCGAUGGUGAGUUAUUUUGCCACAUGUGCCUGUCUCAGUGAUCGGCAGAGGUUUCCAUCAUUCUUUAGGACAAUCCCGAGUGACGCUUUCCAGGUGCGCGCCAUGCUUCAGAUACUGAAACACUUUGGCUGGACAUGGGCGGGUUUGCUGAUAAGUGAUGAUGAUUACGGGCUGGACGCCGCCCGCUCCUUCAACUCUGACCUAGGUGUGUCUGGAGGAGGCUGUCUGGCCUAUGUAGAGAUUCUGCCCUGGGAAAAAGAUUUGAAUGAAUUCAAGAGGAUCGUGGAUGUGAUGAGGAAAUCCACGGCCCGCGUUGUUGUUGUGUUUGCGCAUGAGGGUAUGAUCAUUAAUCUCAUGGAGGAGGUUGUGAGGCAGAACUUGACAGGCCUUCAGUGGCUGGCCAGUGAAGCCUGGUCCACAGCUGCCGUGCUCCAGACCCCUGACCUCAUGCCGUACCUCGGGGGCACACUGGGCAUCGCUAUCCGUCAAGGAGAGAUACCAGGCCUCAGGGACUUCCUGCUCCAAACACGUGCUGAUCUACAACACAACACCACCUAUGAAAAUAGCAUGGCAAACCAGUUUUGGGAAUUCACAUUUAAAUGUAAAUUUGCACCAGCUCCAUCAGGCUGGGUUGAGGAUGGGGGAAGGAUUUGCUCUGGAGACGAGGAUUUGAAGGCCGUGGAAACCGAGUUCUUAGAUGUUUCUGAUCUCAGGCCUGAGUACAACGUCUACAAAGCUGUGUACGCUCUGGCAUACGCCCUUGAUGAGCUGCUGAGGUGUGAACCAGGAAAAGGGCCUUUCAGUGAGGAAAGCUGUGCAACUUUACAAAAACUUCAACCAUGGCAGCUUGUGUAUUAUCUAGAGAGGGUUAAUUUCACCACAUCAUUUGGUGACCAAGUGUCAUUUGAUGAGAACGGCGACGCCUUACCAAUAUAUGACGUCAUGAACUGGCUCCGGCUCCCUGAUGGACAAACAAAAGUUCAAAAUGUCGGCGACGUAAAAGUGUCGCCUUUUAAUGGUGAACAACUCACACUUGAUGGAGACAAAAUCUUCUGGAACUUUCUAUCAAAAAAGCCGCCGCGGUCGGUGUGCAGCGAGAACUGUCCUCCAGGAACCCGUGUGGUGAGAAAGAAGGGGGAACCUGAGUGUUGUUUUGACUGCAUCCCUUGCUCUGAGGGAAUGAUCAGUAGUUACACUAAUUCCCUGGAGUGCUUCAGCUGUCCAGAGGACUUCUGGUCCAGUCCACGGCGAGAUCACUGUGUUCUUAAGCAAACAGAGUUCCUCUCCUAUCAGGAACCGCUAGGGAUCUGCUUGACAGCAGCCUCACUGCUGGGCACAUUCAUCUGCGCUGUUGUUCUGGGGAUCUUCAUCUAUCACCGCAGUACACCGAUAGUACGAGCCAACAACUCAGAACUGAGCUUCAACCUGUUGCUUUCCCUUAAACUGUGCUUCCUGUGUUCGCUGCUGUUCAUCGGACGACCCAGACUGUGGACAUGUCAACUCAGACACGCAGCGUUUGGGAUCAGCUUUGUGCUUUGUGUGUCCUGCAUCCUGGUUAAAACCAUGGUGGUCCUGGCUGUGUUCAAAGCCUCCAAGCCAGGAGGGGGAGCCAGUCUCAAGUGGUUCGGUGCUUCGCAGCAGAGAGGAACUGUUCUGGUUCUCACCUCUGUUCAGGCAGCAAUCUGCACUGCCUGGCUUGUCUCUUCUUCUCCUUCUCCACAUAAAAACACCAAAUACCACAACGAUAAGAUAGUUUAUGAGUGUGUUGUUGGCUCCACUAUUGGUUUUUCCGUGUUACUGGGAUACAUUGGCGUAUUGGCUCUUCUCAGCUUUGUGUUGGCGUUUAUGGCGAGGAAUCUUCCCGACAACUUCAACGAGGCCAAACUCAUCACGUUCAGCAUGCUGAUCUUCUGUGCUGUGUGGGUGGCCUUUGUUCCUGCUUAUGUCAGCUCACCGGGCAAAUAUGCAGAUGCAGUGGAGGUGUUCGCCAUCCUGGCCUCCAGUUUUGGCCUCUUGAUGGCGCUGUUUGGACCUAAAUGUUACAUAAUUCUGCUGAGACCAGAAAGAAAUACAAAGAAAGCUCUCAUGGCAAGAGGAAUGGAACAAUAAAAUAAUAGCUUGUAAAAGUCUAAGUACUCCUUCAACGUUCUAUCCCAUUUUGUACGGCGCAACAAAACUUUAAUUAGAUUUUGUUUAAUACUUUCUGCAGGAAGGUGGACCGCAAAUUUUCUAGCUCUUAACAUCUUCACAUCAACUCUGCUCAGCAUCUCUUUGUCUGCUGACAAAAAGGUAUAUGAAGCAUCCACCACCGUGUUUCACAGGGGGACGGUGUGUGCAGGUCAAUGUGUAGUGCAAACAUUCACAUGGUCAUCUCAUCUCACCAGGUCACUAUUCAACGUGUUUGCAUGUGACUAGCUGCAGACUGACCUCCAUCUUUCAGCAGUGAUUUCCUUCUUGCCACUCAUUCAUGAAGUCAAUGACUAAUUGUGGAGGACUUGACAAUUUCUCCUACCUGCUCUGUGGAAAACUUCGGAGAAUUGCAUCAUGAACACCCAGAAGCUCACUCCUGACAGAUGAGGAUUAACGUUGUGGACAUAUCUUUAUGGCCGUUAAAGCAGUCAUAAAAAGUCAUCAGUCUUUUUUGUUUUGGUGUCAGAGUAAGGGGGGCUGAAUACAAAAAUACAGCACAAAUUUUCUUGGUUUUGAUUUGAUCAGGAAUAUAUAUAUUUAUUUUGUGAAUUUGUGCUACUUUACAUUGUUCUACAUCAUUAUAUUUCUAUACAACAAGCAGAGGUUUGUAGUUGCCACACUAACAAAUUGAAGCAAUUCAAAGGGUGUGAAUGCUUUUUAAGAGGUGGAAUCAAUUUACAGAUUAAAAUGAAUAUCAUGACUAAUAUGAGAAGUUAUUAAGAUGACUUUAUGAAACAAAUUGUUAGAACACUCAAAAUGUCGGAAUCACCACCAAAGGUUUUUAUUUUUUUAUUUUUUGCCAUAAUGUUACUUUUAAAAUAUCACUGCAGCUGAUUUUUAGUAACAAAUUUGAAUGCAAAUUCGUUUUCUAUGAAUAAAGAUUCAUUUGUUUAAUCUCUGUAGUGUUGUAAGUUCUUAGACAAACUGCAGUAAAUUGCAUUUGACAAUGAAACAAAAACAAACAACCCAACACGAAUGAAGC